CAUAGAACUAUAAGCAGGUGGUGUUAUUUUUCAACAGUGACAAUGGAGUUUUUAAAAAAUAUUAAAAGCUUGAAGACGAGCAAAGGUUAGAGAAAUCCAUAUCAAGUAUAAAAGCACUCUCAUCGUGGCAUGGUUUCCUAGACGACACACAACAAACUGAAAUAAGUGGGAGGGGGAGGGCAAAGGUUGUAUAGAGGAUAUGAGGCGGAGCUUAUACAUAAUAGCAAUCACAUGAUUGACAUGAACUGUCGUGACGUUUCAUUGAUCUACACAUGAACUAAGCUUUCAUAUAAGUCUAGGGCGAGUGCUGAGAAACUGAUACAAAAGAAAAUAAGAUCUCUACCGAACUACGAACCGUGAGUAAACAGAGCUCAUCAUGCUCAACAAGCUUUACUUUGUGUUGUUAUUGACCGUUCCGCCAUGGCUUGUGCAGGUGUGCAAGACAAACAUUAGCUGGGUGCGAGACAGGACAUUUGAUGACAUCAUCAGGGUGACGGGCUACUCACAGUUGGUGACACCCGGGCAAAACAAAAGCGCCAUCCACUGCGGGCUUCUGUGCACCUCCAUGUCCUGGUGCUCGUCCUUCUUCUUUCUGUCAGCGACUGGCGGGUGCAUCUUGCACCAAACUGUCUUUGCGGUGCCACAGGGAGGCCAGGGGACGAAAGGUGCCAGAUACUACAGGGCUUUUACAGCCGGGUGUCCAAAAGAGUACGUGUUUGUGCGCCAAGAAAGACUGUGUUUCAAGGUGUCUACCAGUCGUACAGUAUUCCAGUACGCCUACGGCAACUGCUCCAGGGCCGACUCCCAGCUCGUGGUUCUGGACACACCUGGCAAGCACUCGGCUGUCGCAAACUAUGUGGCUGAGGCAUACAGUAACAUCUUUUCAUAUUUCAUUGGCGGUGUACGGCCAGGAGUUGUGGAUGGCACCAGGUCACAGUGGAGCGCCCUCACUGACCCUUUGACCUGGCUGACCGGCGCGCUAGUGAGCAUCAACGGCCCUGACACCUUCUGGGCCAGUGAGAAUCCAUCCAAUUCUAUGGGAACAGAAGGCUGCAUGGAGCUAAAUAGUGGAACAUGGAACGAUUUAUCCUGCAAUCACACGCGUGCCUUCAUCUGUGAAAGGCACGUGACAUAAUGGCUUCGCAACUUACGCUUGUAGAGCGAGGGCUUUUUAGAGGCGAUGGGUUUUCAAUCAACCUGUGGUGAGCCAUGGAUGUAUCUUUGUAGUGAUUGGCACCAAGAAAGAUCUUUCUCGAUACCUGAAAGCCUCUUUUUUUAUUCCACUAGCACAACAAACAUUUUCAUCUGUUCGUAUUUUGCAGUUGUCUGAGACGA